GUUCCCAUUUCCUACUACUUCAUGCAUCCACAGGACCUCCAAAAAGAUUGGAAUGUCCCUCAUACAAGUAAUUGUCCUUAACCAUCAUUUCUGGGUUUUAAUAUGUGAAAAUGGUGUCAACAUCGACCCAAUUUUCGACAUCGAGAACUAUGGGAACCUACGAUCCAUUUCACUAUGUUAGCAUGCAGCAGGACACAUUGGGAGGUCAAGUUAGCCAGAACACGAGCCAUCUCCUGGCCUCUCAGCUCGAACCAAGGCUUACCAACAACGAAUCCUUAGAAUCUUCACAAGACUUGAAAAACGACAUUUCAGAAAAGUUGCAACGACGACUAGCGCAAAACCGUGAAGCUGCACGAAAAAGUCGUUUGAAGAAAAAGGCCUAUGUUCAAGAAUUGGAGUCGGGGCGUCUAAAAUUGGCAAAAUUGGAGCACGAAAUCGAGAGGACCCGACAACAGGGUGCGUACGUGGAUCUAUCGAAUACGGUCCACGGUCUGUUAUCUGGUAACUUCGACUCAGGGAUUGCUAUAUUUGAGACGAAAUAUGAUUUGUGGGUUGUUGAGCAACACAAGAAGGAAUCUCAACUCAUGGCCAUCUUACAAACCGACGUGAACGAUGUUGAGCUUCGCGUGGUCGUAGAUGGUGUCGUAAACCACUACCAUGAUCUUUUCCAAAUGAAAGCCGAUGCUGCGAAAUCCGAUGCGUUUAAUUUGUUGUAUGGGACAUGGAGAUCCCCGGUCGAGAGAUUGUUCCAAUGGCUUGGCGGAUUCCGGCCAUCAGAGGUCCUAUAUACACUAAUGCCAUGGUUCGAGCCUUUAACGGAUACACAAGUCGUAAAUUUAUCCAAGUUAAGACAUACUUGUCGACAAGCUGAAGAUGCGUUGACUCAAGGUAUCGAUAAACUUGAACAAACAUUGGCUCAAGGCGUCGGUAUCAACAUGACGGAAGGUGGAAGUUACGGCAUACAAAUGAAAUCGGCAAUGGAAGGGCUUGAAGCACUCGAAAACUUCUUGAACCAAGCGGAUCAUCUGCGAUAUCGGACUCUACAACAAAUGUCUCGGAUAUUGACGGUGCGUCAAGCAGCAAGAGGGUUGGUUGCAUUGGGCGAGUACUUCCAACGUCUUCGUGUACUAAAUUCACUUUGGUCGUCUCGUCCUCAUGGCAUUGGUAGCUAGUUCAAAGCAACCGUCGGGUUGUAUUCUUGAAACGAUAAAUGUAAAUACAGUUUAUAACAAUAUAUAUGUAUGU